AGCUUACUGCUAAAGUUGUACUUUCACUUCAUGACAAUUAGGAGUGGCUUCAGGCUCAAGCAGCAAACCUCCCAGGAAACGAAACUAGACUUUCCACAAUUUCUUCUUCACUACUCCCGAGUCUUAGAUGAAGUUAUUUAAAUAUUUUCACCGGCCACAGUGGACGUGGUAGACGUCUACCCGUCGACUUUGGACCGCUUUCUAUUAAACACGCACUUUGAGGAGGUUAGCUCCUGCUGCUAACAUGGACAGCGGCGGGCAUGCGAACACUGAAGAGCCGAGAAAAGCAUGGACGACUACCUGAGGUCCAUCGGUUUUCAUCGGAAGAAAAUCGCCAAAGACGGGUCCUGUCUGUUCCGGGCUGUAGCCGAGCAGGUUCUCCACAGUCAGAGUCUCCACACACUGGUGCGAGCUCAGUGUGUGGAUUAUCUGAAGAAGAACAGGAGCAGCUACGAGGCGUUCAUCGAAGGAGACUUUGAGGAGUAUCUGUGUCAACUCCAGGAUCCUCAACAGUGGGUUGGAGAAGUAGAGAUCAAUGCUCUUGCUUCCCUCUACAGGAGGGACUUCUUGAUUUUCCAGGAGCCUGGAAAACCUCCUGUGAACAUCACAGGUGAAAAGUUCAAAGACAAAGUUCAGCUGUGUUUCCUGAAUAGAAAUCACUACGACUCUGUUUAUUCUACCAGUCACAUAAAGAACUCAGCCGUCUGUCAGUCUAUUGUGUACGAGCUGCUGUACAAUGGUGUGUUCAAUAUGGAGCUCAGGGACCUGGGUCAGAGUCAGAGGACGGCGCGACUUUCUGACCCGCUGAAUGACGACAGGCUGGCGGUCUGUGUGAGCAGCGACGAGUCGGACGUGGAGGUGGACGAGCCACUCUGGGUUGACAAUGAUAAAAACACUUCUACAAGACACAGCCACAGGGGUCGUGGACGUGGGCGUGGCCAGCACCUGUCAGAGAGGGUGAGACGUUCACUGAACCCGACUUUGUUCAGAAACAUCGAGUAUGACGUUUGGCACAAGACAAAGAGAGCCCAACAGAAGCUGGACUACAGCAUCGCUGCUGGGAUGCAGUACAGUGUUGGAGACCAAUGUCAGGUUCGAUUAGAUGGAAACGGACGGAGCUACAAUGCUACAGUUAAAGAAGUGCCUUCAAACAACAACAACUUGGUGGUGGUUCAUAUCGAAGAUUUGGGCAGAAAAACAGUCCCCUUGUGGAGUCUCCGUCCUCCCAGUGAGGAGGGCAGUUGGAGCACUGUGGUCAAAGACAAGAGGAACAGCAACGGACAUGGAGAUGGUGAAGAGCACCGUAAAGGCAGAAGUCAAGGAAAAUCACUCUCCUUGUCCUCGGCUUCUGUCAAACCUCAGCCCUCAAUGUCGCCCCUUGGUGGACAUGUGCAGAAGCAGCACUCCUGGCCCCCACCAGUCACAGCAAAGGUGGCUGAAGGAGCUCCAGCUCGACCCCGCAGGAUUGGUCAAUCUGUCAGCCUGGUGGAGGCGACGCUGUUCGGUGUGACAAAGGAGGUGCGUCAGGCCAAAGAGGAGGAGCAGAGGAAUGCAGCACUGGUGGAGAUGCAGCUGAGAGAUGAGCACAGCUUCCCUGCACUCGGGACUGGACCACAGGAAGAAAAAGGGAAGAGGAGGCGUGCAGAGAAGAGGAGUUCAGAGAAGAGGAGUUCAGAGGGGAGAAAGACGAAGAGUCCAGUUGAGGACAUUGGAGCAGUGUCUCCCUCUGGUGGACAAGGACCUCAAACUUCCACUCCUAAAAUUCCCCCCACUGCCGCUGCUGUGACUCCACACCCUCAGUCUGCUGCUGUGACUCCACCUCCUUCCUCUGACUCCACCCCUGACCGGCAGAGUUCCAUCAGAGUUCCCUCUCCAAACUCCAACACUGACACCACACCCAUCAGAGAUGCCCAAGCUGUUAAACCAAACACUUCAUCUCCUGUUGCACCUGCUGUACCUCCAUCUCCUCCUCCUCCUGCUACUGCUGCUACUUCAAACUCCAACUCAGUUUUCUCCUUUCUCACCCCGAUUCUCCCCACGGCAUCAUCUUUACCUCCCACUCAACUGCCCUUCUCCUCUUCCCCCUCCUUGCUACCUUAUAAAACUUCCACUGCUGCUCCUUCUUCUGCUUCUCCUUCACUCCUUCCGUCCUCCUCUGCUCCAACCUUCAUUGCCCCUAUCGCCCCCUCUCCUGUCACAGCUGCAGUUUUUCUGCCUCCAUCCUCCUUCCACCGAGAUUCUCUCCACCACUCCACUCCCAGUCCUUCUUUACCUUACUCCUCCUCUUCACCUCCUGCUCCUCCGCUUGCACAGGCUCCUGCUCACGAUUUUUUACCAAACUCUGGAGACUUGUUGACCCAAUGUCUGACCCAAAAACAAGUUCCUGUCUCUGGGUUCCAGGUCCAGACCCAGGGAGAGCUGGUCAACAAACGGUGUCAAUCACCAAACAUACAAGUGCAGAGUCAGAUGUUGCAGCCUCAAAGUCAUGAGGAAAAACAAGUCCAGUCCUCAAUUCAGAACCAGAGUCCAACCCCGGUUCCUCCCUCCAACAUCCAUUCUCAGACCCAGUCCUUCUCCCAGUCUGACACAGUCCAGGUCCUUCAUGGGUCUUCUUCCAUUUCCAGUAUCCCUCAGCCUUUUCCCUGUGUCACUAACUCUACGACUCAGACCCAGUGUGUUCAGGCCCAGUCUGUACUGACUGACUCCCCUGAGACCUUCUCCCUGCCUCGUCCUCACCGACCUUACCUCCUCCCCUCACACCUUUCUUCCUUCCCACAAACUGAUUCUCCUCAGAACAUGUCGCAGCUUCAUCUGGAUCUCCUGUACCCUGGUUUCCCACGGAACCAAAAGGGGGAUGUGGUCCUGUCACCAGAAUACUCCUACUGCAAGAUGGGGAAAGAUCUGCCCCAAGAUGUCAACAUCAUGAGGUUUUUCUUCAACCUGGGAGUCAAGGCCUUCUCCAUGCAUUGGUGUCCUCCCAGCGUUUACCUUGUGCCACUCCAACAUGCUCACUCCAUCGAACACAGCUCUGCUGCUCACUCCACCUCUCCUGCACCUCACUGCCCCCGCUUCAACGCCCCCUCCUGUCAGCAGGAGUCACUUCCGUUUCUAAAUCCUGCCAUAUCAGCCUUCAGCCACCAGCCUCCACCAAUUGAAGCCCCCUAUCCCCGUGACCUCCCCAUGAACCAGGCUGCAUACCUGGUCACCCAAUAUACACCCCACAGACUGUCCUCUGCCCACCCACCUUCAUGGCAGCGUCAGCCGAUGGCACCAUCUACUAAUGCUGUCAGUCCCCUAAUGUAUCCCUCCACACCGCCUUACCCACCUCCUGGUCAGGAGUUCCCAACAGGUGUGAAGGCUAGGGCACCCUUGGGACGGCCUUUGUAUCCACCUCCUUCACUGGACUUCCAGUCUGAAACAUCAUUUUCUACACCAGAGUCCGUUCAUCGAAGCAAGGGAGGGAAACAGCAGGGUAACAGCGCCACCAAUGGAGACGCCACUCUCACAUCUGUCAGAGCCAUGACACUUCCUGUUGGAGUACCAAAUAUAGCACUGGAAGAGAAUCUAACCAGGAAGGGGAUCUUGGUUGACACUUUGCCAAACAACAAGCCUCUGCAGGCUGUCUUCACAAACUCUGACGGUUCCAUUCCCAUGGCUCCAGGCCCCGUCCCUCAACAAUCCUACAGCGUUUCCAUGACUUCUGUCUCUGAUGACAUCCAUGGCUUUCAUCAGCAACACUUUAAUGCUAACAAAAACUACGUCACAGACGCAACCCACACUUCACCCGUCAAUAGUCCCGUCUCGUCUGUUGCCUGUAGCACUGAGGAUGACAGGGAGGGGACGCAACCCUUUACAAUGCCAUAUCAGAACCCUAGAGGACACAGGCGGGGCCCUGGGGGAGGGAGGGGUAGAAACAGGGUCUAUGAUGGACAGAGGGGCCUGGUCUUUGAUAGAGGGAGGAGAAGUUACAGGAGAAGGCAGGGAGGUGAGGGUUUUAACCAAGGACAGUUUGGUACCUCUCAACAUAGGGGGCAGGGAUGGUGAGAAGGCCUAUGACCUACAGUAUGAGAAAGUUUUUUUUUUAUUAUUAUUAUUUUGCACUAUUUCUGUUGCAAUUAGAAUUAAUCAGACAUCCUCCCAUGCUUUAAGCAUUUUUUGAUUUUUCUUUUUUGGUCAUCAUGGGCCAAGUACUGAAUGUUCCCUCUUUAUUGGAAUUAUUUUUGUAAGUUUGGGGUUUACAUAAUGUAACUAUGAAAAAAAAAAAACUUAGCCAAAGAUGAAAUGCCAAGAGAAAAUAUGAUAUUAUUCAAUCUUAAAGCUGAUGUUCAAGGUUUUCAGUCUUUGUGUGCCAGCUCCCUUUUAUAGUUUAUGCCCAGAACUUUUUUAAAUCCCUUAAUGAGUUCAUAAGCUCUGUCUGUUUUCUUUUGAAAAUAUCAACUAUGCACUUUUGUUAAAAAGUAAAUGCUAAUCUGCAAAUACUAUAAGGACAGAAAGAAAAGGGUGGCAUGUGGUUCUGUAAUUGGACACUUGGUCUAAGAAGAAGCACAGAUACAAUGAGCAAAGAAAAACAUUGAAAUAUGCAGCAACCAACUUAGCAAAAGAUGAAAUCUCUACCUGUUAAAUAAAAAAAGCCAACAUGUAUGUACAAAAUGUAUUAAGCUUUCAUGACAACUGUCUGUAGAUUGACAGAUAAAAUCCUCUAUCUACUGCUGUAAAACUACAAUGACUGCUGCCCAGCUGAGACUACUGCUGUAAAGCUGCAGCGACUGUAGUAAAGAAACAGCUGCUUGUGUAUACCUACAGCUAAAUACAGUUAGUUUUCUCUCUCUGUCCUGUGUGGUCGUCAUCUUCAAGUUGUUCUUCUCACUUUCUUCGUGUUUGGCUCUGACUGUCAGGCUUUUGGUGCCUUAUGUUUACAACCAAUUUGUAUUUUGUGAGAUUGUUGAGAGGAGGAAGAUGUUCUGUUGUGUAAAGAAAUUAAUAAAACUGUAGUUCAGGUACCAGGAGAUAUGGCUGGUGCAAGGAAAAAAACUCCUUUACCAAUCACAAAGAUCUCAAAUUGUACACAAUAUUUGCUGCAAUAAAAAUGCAUCUUGGUGUAA